AUGAGUAUAGAAAUCCCCGAGGGCUUGACGGAGCUUCUGCAGAGCUUUACCGUGGAGGUCCUGAGGAACCAGCCGGCAGAUCUGCUGGAGUUCGCGCUGCAGUACUUCACGCGUCUCAGGAGACGAGACGCGCGGCGGCGUUCGGCAAUGAGCACAAUUCAGCCGCGCGAGCGGGGAAGCCUAAUUUUUCUUCCUUUCCUUUCAGCUCCGGUUAUCAACAGAUUUGUCCGGAGAGCUUCUGUUUGUGCGGAGGCGUACAACCCUGAUGAGGAUGAAGAGGAGAGAGAACCCAGGGUCACUCACCCCAAAACAGACGAGCAGAGACAGAGACUACAGGAAGCCUGCAAAGACAUCCUACUGUUCAAAAACCUGGACCAGGAGCAGAUGUCACAAGUCUUGGAUGCCAUAUUUGAGAAGGUAGUGGUGACCGGAGAGCACAUCAUCGAUCAAGACGACGAUGGAGACAACUUCUACGUCAUUGAGAGAGGAACGUUUGACAUCAUGUUGAAAGUGGACGGCAUCACGCGGACCGUGGGCUCUUAUGACAACCGUGGGAGUUUUGGAGAGCUGGCCCUCAUGUACAACACGCCGAGGGCCGCCACCAUCAUCGCUACCUCACCUGGAGCUCUGUGGUGCCUCGAUCGGUUGACAUUCAGAAGGAUCAUCUUAAAAAACAAUGCAAAGAAGAGAAAAAUGUACGAGGCUUUCAUCGGGACUCUUCCUCUGCUCACGUCACUGGAGGUUUCAGAGAGAAUGAAGGUUGUUGAUGUUUUGUCGACCAAAGUGUACAACAGUGGGGAACAGAUCAUUGCUCAGGGUGAUUUGGCAGACUGUUUCUACAUCGUAGAGUCCGGACACGUUAGGAUCACCAUGAAGAGGAGCAAAUCGAAAAACGACACUGAAGACGAGGAGGUGGAGAUCGCCACAUGCUCAAGGGGUCAGUAUUUCGGAGAGCUGGCACUCGUCACUAACAAGCCACGGGCGGCUUCUGCAUACGCCAUGGACAACGUCAAAUGCUUAGUAAUGGACGUGCAGGCCUUUGAGAGGUUAUUAGGCCCCUGCAUGGACAUCAUGAAACGAAACAUAGCCAAUUACGAGGAGCAGCUGAUCACGCUCUUCGGGAGUCACAUCGCAAUAGAGGAGCCGAAUGCAUGAAAUCAGUUAAUCAAUAAACAUCGCAAACUUAUAAUGCAAUGUGAACGAUGAGAAGAUGGUAAGUAGAGGCCCGUCAUCAUGGUGGAGAAAUCGUGUUAACAUAGGUCAUAAGCUUGAAGUUAUUGUUUUGCAUUCACAGAUGUGAAACUCCGGUGUGUGUCUAUGAUCUUGGGUUUUUUUAGAUGUGAAAAGCCAAAUGCGAGCACUUUCCUCCAGGGUACUCAAGGUUUAUGGGAGAUUCCUCAUGGUUAUUUGGUUUGGGGAUUUGGUACCAGUGUGUUUAUCUGAAUCUUUCUCAUUUUUUAAAAACUUGGUUUGUGUUUCUUUCACAUGCUGCAUCUUUUCCACACAAAGAGUGUGUUGUUAUGCCAUAUACAGCACGGUAAUAUGUUAACAUAUUCUUUUAAAGCUAUACUUCUGAAUUUUCAAAUCUGCCGUUGAGCAUUUGUCAGUGUUUUCAGUAUUAAGCAAAUCAUUUUUACUGCGAGCCACUAUUUUUGACUAAACAUGAAAUGUGAACAGUAACUUAUAAUGAAUUAUGGACUACAUGCCAUGAGUUGGAAGUCAACAUGAAAACUAAAUUGAGCAUAUUUACUUAGAGCACAUUAAUAAUGAAUAAAAGUUUGUAUUAAAAAUUGCAAUGGCUAUAAAAUAACAUUUGUUUCACGUUGACUUUUAUACUCAAGUUUCAUUACAUUUCCAUAAGUUAGUAAACUUUCAAAUUGCUUGGGAAUACAAUAUGAAAGGAGACAGACUCAAUAACGUAUAAAAAAUGAAAAUGCAGUCUGAAUAUUAUUGCACUUUGUUGCCAGUGUAAUAAAAAUACCUAAUUUAAUGGAACAGCUCAACCAGAAAUUAAAAUGUACUCACCCCCAGGCCAUCCAAGAUGCAGAUGAGUUUGUUUCUUCAUCAGAUUUGGAGAAAUGUAGCAUUACAUCACUUUCUCAACAACGGAUCCUCUGCAGUGAAUGGGUGCCGUCAGAAUGAGAGUCCAAAAAUGAUUUUAUCUAAAUCAGGUGGAUUACUGUGAAGUUUUUAUCAGCUUUUUGGACUCUCACUCAGACGGCACCCAUUCACAUCCAUUGCUGAGCAAGUAAUGAAAUGUUAAGUUUUUCCAAGUCUGAUGAAGAAACAAACUCAUCUACAUCUUCGAUGCCCUGAGGGAGCGUAUACAUUUACAUCAAAUUAUCAUUUCUGGGUGAACUUGAGGUUGAACAACACUACAUGUUUUUAAUUCCUUGUUUUUGCACAAUCUUUUAAAGAAACUCCUCACAGUCACAUAAGAAUAGUUAAUAUAGGCAUUGUGUAUCUUCAGUUUUAAAAUGGUGUAGCACAUUUUUAUUAAUUGUUCUUUU